ACAUAUUUUUAACCAUUCUUAUAAAUAAGACAAUGUUUACGUAUCGUUAUAAAUGACCAAGCAUUUUAAUUUUGAUUGUUUACAGGAAUUGCACUGUUUGUAAACACAGCACGGCAUUUUGUUGAAGAAACAACAAGACGUGCACCAACGCUACAAGCACGUGGGAUGUUUUCGAACGUUAGAUAUUCGAUCACAUACAAAAGUUAUUGAUGGAUAACUUUGCAGUUCAGCCGAUGAGUUCAAGUAAAGGAAUUGAAACUUUUGAGGUGAGAUAUAGUUCAUCUGGUGUGGAGCACCAUUCCAAAGACCUUCGCCAAGGAAAGGAAGAGCCCAGCGAUCCGGACCAUUACCAUGUAAAGGACAGUAAUAUGAAAAUAAAAGUUUUGCAUUGUGAUUGUUGCACAUUCAAAAAGAAAACUGAAGCAGAGAUUGCAGUACAAGACAACAGCAGAGAAGAGAACAGUGACACUAUUUAUCCAGGUCACCAAAAGAGAAAUUGUUCUAGACUGCAACAAAUAGGUUCACAAAGGAGAGAAGACAGAAUUCUGAAUCAUGAUUCUAGAAAGAUCCAUUCUCAAUGUAAUGAUGACACUCACAUGUCCCAGUCAUUAAUAGAACAGGCAAAGAGCAUGCUGCACCAUGAGAACAAUGCCCCUCAGGUUAGUCCUGCUUCUAGAAAUUUACCUGAAGAAUCUGGAUUCUGUCUCCAUCAGAAGGCAGCAGGGGACAUCUUUCGUCAUGACUCUCUUAACUGUGAGCUUGGAUUGAAAAAGGAAAAAUCUUCUGGUUCGACAUGUUCACAAAGAGCCAGUAGCUUUACGAAACCAAGACCUGUCCAGCAUUCUCAAAGUGCAGUGCCCCUCAGAGAACAGAGUUCUUAUUUCCAGGAUUGUUCAGUUGAGGGUUUGAGGGAGUCCUUUAGCCAUGAUGGAAGCAGUUGCAUGCUGUCUGAAGGUUCUCUUGUCAUUACAGGCACUGCCUGUAAAAACCAACUUAACCACAAGAAUGGCACUGACACAAGCACAACACUGGAUGGUGACCUCUCUCAUGUAAAAGGGCUUGACAUGGAGUCGAUGGAAGAAACAAAAAAUGAAAGUUCAAUUGUGCACCCCCUUGCAGAGGAAUCGGGCAUCCUGAUGCCCGACCUUGAAGUGCGAGGUGAACCGAAACAGGUUCAUGUGGCAACUACUGAUGACUGUUCUAUUUUUGAUAAUGCAGAAGGGAUAGCAGAUAGUAUGUAUGAGGAAGACAUGAUCAAAGGGGAUUCAUACAUGAAUAAUAACACAAUGCUGAAUGUCCAAGGAACACAGAUAAGGAUACCGCUGCUCAGUCAGUCAAUUUCUUCAAGAUUAACCCAAGAGGACCAAGAGGUUUCUGCUCAUGACAGUUUAUAUGAAGAAGAUAUUUUAUCAAAGUCAGAUUCUGGUGACCACUACAAAGAUGUAUCAGUAUUAAAGGGGGUACGUAUAGGUGACCUGGAUAGCAAAAAUCCCAGUGAGGCAGUACAGACUGGAUUUGAUUCCCUCAGUGUAUCAGAAAUAUGGUCUUUCGAUCAUGGCUGUCAAGGACAAACCACCAAAGAGUUUGAUCAGUCAGGCACAGAUGAAGGUUUUGGCAAUUUAAACUCUUUUAGUAAACCAUACUCACAUGUUUUGCACAAACUGAACAAGUUGACAACAAAGUAUGACAGGGAACCUGGCACUACACUGUGUGCUAACAUGAGGAGUCUUGUUCUGCAGAUAGCAGAUGUAGUUGGGAAGAUUGCAAGCACCACUGGAGCAGCUGAUAUUUUACAUGGACAAGACAGUCCACUUGCUGACAAUAUUGAUCUUGUCACAGUCACAUCAACUUUGUCAAGCUAUCUUGAGACUUGUUGUUAUACUGUGUCAGAGCUGAACAUGGCUUUAUUGGAAGUUGAUCAGGUUGAUGUGGAAGACAUUUGUUACCAUAGUGAUCUGGAAGGUAAAGCUGAGAACAGUAGUAGGAUUUGCAGUAUAGGCAGCAUCAUGUCAGGACAUGAGCAGAUUCAGGACUUUUUGGUGGCAUCUGAAGUUAAGAAGUAUGGUGAUACAAGUUUUAAUGAGAAUGUGUGCAGAGGAGAAUCAGAGAAAACUGUGCCCAAUGCCACAACCAUUAAAAGUCCUGGUCCAAAAGAAGAUGGUAAAAAGAAUAUUGAAAAAUUAAGUGAACGCCGUGCAGUUGAUUCUGGUGAUGAUGGCACAGAAACCAAAGGGUGUAAAAAGAAAAUGAAAAGGAGUGUUUCUUUUUCAAAGUCAGAUAGUGUCCUUUCUGAAAAAAAUGAUACAGAGGUGAUGAUGAAUGAUCCAUUUCCAAUGACAAGCACACCAAAAGAGCCUGAAAAUAAAGAACAGCAAAGAGUUUUCAAGCUGAGGAAGAACUUGCAUGUUCCAAAAGCAAUUGAGGAGAGCCCUUGGGCCAAGAAAUCGUGUAGUGUAACUUCUUCAGAUAGUCUCCCUGAGCUUGAAGAAACUACUAAACCUUUUCCCCCUCUGGAAGAAACUAACAAAACAAAGGGGGUUUUCUCAGGUGACUCUAAAAACAAAAAAUUGAAAUAUUCCAGUCCAGUAGCAAGUCUUCAACUGCAUGUCAUGGAUCAGGGUAUGGUCUUCAAAGGUAAAGCAAAGAAGAGAUCCAAAAAAGGGAAACGUGGAAGACAAUCAGUGCUAGAUCUAAAUAAUAAUGAAAGUCAAACUCUAGUUCCAUUCGUUUCUUCAGCACAAGGUGCAACAGAAAAUACCCUAUCAGUAAAGACUAAAGCCAGUUUAUCUAGUAACUUGUUAAACCAACAAAAUAAGCUAUUAUGUGCCACUACUGGUACAACACCAGUGAGUACAACUGAUGCAAAGAAACCUGGAAAGGCUGCUACAGGUACUACUAUAGAUGAUGGUGGAACAGAUAAUAUUCCUGUUGUUUUGCUGAAAAGGAUUGAUGAUGUUGCUAAUUCACCACUGCAGCCAGUUGCCAAAGAACAAGUUUUAACAGACAAUAGGGCAGCUGCUGAUGAUAAAGAAUCUGAUACAUCUGAGAUCUGCCUUUGUUCCAGUGUGACAACAGCCAGAGAGACCAAACUGGCAAAAUUGGAUACCAGCAAUAUGGACAACAGCUCUGUUCUGUCAACACAAAAGUGGUAUUGUUCAAAGGAAAAUGAGCCCAAAGGAAGUCAGGGGACUACACUAAGUGGGCAAACUGAUUUAGGCCCCAUGAAACAGCCAAUGAGAACAGCAGAUGAAUUAAACACGAGAGAUCAGCCAAAUGUAGAAGACACUACCCUUGAAGCUAAUGUUAAAAUUGCUUUAGCUGAAGCAGACUUAAGAACCAUCAGUCAGAAUCAUCCAGUCUCCACCAUUACAACAUUGUCUUCCAGUGUUUCAUCUAACCCUACCUCAGUGGCAGAAACCACACCCAAGAGAAUAAAGAAUGCUGUUGAUGGCAUGCAAGAACAAGCCAAUGUGUCUUCUACACCUGUAUAUGUAAUCAUAUCAGGACAAUCUGAUGUUGAAGGGGACAGCCAGGUAUCUGGGGCUUUAACAGUGAAACAUUAUAUGGAGGCCUCAGGAUCAUCAAGCAGAAAGGCCCAAGAAACCAAAGAAACUGCUUUUUCUCAUACCCAACCAUUGCAAACUGAUGAUCUGAAACCUAAUUCCAUAUGUAUGAAGUUAGGACAAUCUGAAGCACAGACCAGAGUGAAACCAGCAGUUACCUCAUUUCAGACUGAGCCAUUGUUGCCUUUGGUAGUGCAAGCAAAUUCAGCUUCAGGUGUACAAAAAACAAGCUGUAAAACACCUCUAAAAUCUGAGCAAUCAACAGCAAUAUGUAAAGCUGCUGUGGAGCGCACCUUGGAUGUGACAAAACACCAAGAGAAACCAUCACUGCCAACAGGGCUCUCUAGCAAGAUGCAACAUUCCAAUCCAGCUACUACUGCACCAAAGACACAUAAUGGCCUGAAUCCUGCAGUGUUCUCUAAUGGCCAACAGCCAGCAUCUCCUGUUCAAAGGAUAGGAUUGGGUCCUGUUGUUGGUAGCCCAAUUAUAAUACCGUUGACAGCCCUGGGCUUUAGCAGUGCCAUUACUCCCCAAACUACUACAACAUUAAUGUCUACUGCCAGUGCCCUAUCUCCUAUGUCAACAGACCCUAGACUAAACAGGUCUCUCACCAUAGGUCAGUUAAGGGAUCCCAGGAUGAAUGUGGCUCAACAUGUUAAUAGCCCAGCAACAUCAAAUGCAUUCAGGCAGAACCUGAUCCAGAUGUCAAGUUGGAAGCCCAUUGCUCACCAGGCUUACCCCUGCAUACAUGGUUGGCUUAGCCCUACUAAGAGGCAGUCUGGUUCUGAGGGUUACUUGAAAGUGCCAUCCAAGUCUGAAACAAAAAGGGACAUGGUAACACAGACCUGCUUAGAAAAAACAGUGCAUACGGGUAGUGACAAGAGACAAAGAGAAGCUGAAAGAUCAAACAUCACCCAACCUGCCAGUGAACCACCUGCAAAACUUCUAAGACUGGGUCCAGAAAAGACUGGUGCCUUUCCAAAACACCAACACAGUGUCGCUCUCACCUCUUCUACACUACAAGGUCAGCAUAUGGACAGCACCAGCAAGCAAGAAUGUGCGAGUCUUCCAUCUUCAGUGACAAGCCAAAGUCUUGGGACCCUCCCUGCAGCCUCCAUAGUACAGGUUCAUGGCAAUUUGCCUACUGUUUCUGUUACUCUCGGUCUUGGCAAUCAGCUUCCUGUUUCUGUAGCUCAGGGUUGUGGCAGCCAGCCUCUUGGCAAAGUUCUUCCAGUUUCUGUACCCCAGGGACAUGACAGUCUUCCUGUUGUAUCUACAAUUCAAGGUUACAAUUUUUCCAAAACUGCCCCCAGAGUUCAGAGUGGAAUUCGUGUGCUGACUUCAUCUUUUGGACAGAAUAAUGCAAGCAUAUCUGCACCACUUACAGUCAGUCCAGUAGCAUCUGUUCAGAACAGUAGCAGUCCAAAUGUUGGCAUUACCAGCAUGUUUCGAUUUCAUAUUGAUAAGGGCCAUCAAAAGGUAAUUCCUUCUGGUCAGAGUCAGGCCUUUCCAAAUAACCGGAUUCCCAGAGUUCCUGGUGUUCAAAGUCAUCAAUUUUCUGGAGGCCAAGCAUUUCCAAGAGGUCUGGGCCACACAUUUCCAAAAGGGCAACCAAUCCCAAGAGGACAAGCUGGCACAUUUCCAAGGGCCCAAGGUCAAGCACGUCCUAGAGGUCCAACAUUUCCUAGAGGUCCAAGUCAAGCUUUUCCCAGAGCCAAAGUCUUACCGAGAGAUCUUUCCAGGACAGUUUCUGGGAGAAUAAAGAAACCUGGUGGAAGACAUGAUAUGAAGACACGAGCUGUAAGUCCUUCCCAUCCACUGUACCAUAUCCUGAAGAACUACAUGUCUGGUACAGGAGAGCAUGACCACACCAAUGCAGGCAAUGAGAAUGUGAGUUUCACUCCUGGAACCAGUAUUGAAACAUCCAGAGCCAGCCUUGGGGAUAGUAGUUCAUCCCCAGAGGGAAGCAGUAUUAAAGCACCCAUUGCAAACCAUGAGUUGGGCAGUUUAACUCCAGGGGCAAGUAGUUUAUCAUCAAAAACAAAACAUGAGACUGUCAGUCUCAUUUCAAGUUGCAGCACAUCUAAGAAAUCCAAGAGGCGUCUGGACAUGCAAGACUCUGCAAGACAUAGCCAUAAAGAAAAAGACAAAGUUAUUCAAACGAGAAAGCAUACUCCUUCCCACUCAACUGGCACAUCUGACAACUUGGUAGUUAUAAGUGACAGUGAAGAUGAGCAAACAGAAGAUACCUCUCAAAUUCAGGAGAAACAUGUAGAUGAGGGGAAACCAUCUUGCAGCUAUGAUGCUGAAUCUAGCAACCCCUCUGCAUCCAAAAGUACACCAAGGAUGAAUACUGUCAAGGGAAAGUUAACACCAUCUUUACCAAUCAAGGGCAAGUCCAGGACCUCCCUCCUCACCGAGAGUUGGGUACAGGGGGAGACUCCCCAUGAAGUUGAUAGUCCCAAAACCCCAACUAAGAGCACGUUGAACACAUCCAAGCCAUUAACUCCUUCCACCCCAGGGUCUCAAGGGAAGAGAAAAGGGAGACCCCCUGGUUCCGGUAAAACUCCAAAUAAGACCCCUAAGAAAACCCCCACAAGCUCCCAAAAGAACAAGUCCCGAGGAACUCCCAUCAGCAGGAAGACAAGGCUGAGCAUAUCUAGUCUGGACACUGUGGGAGGUGAUAGCUCCGAUGAUGAGUGUGCUGUGCCUCUUGCCAGAAGUGUCUGUUCAUCUGGAGAAAAAUUACCAGUAGCAAGGAGGGGAUUUCAGUAUAGAAAGAAAUGCCUUAAGUUGGUUGAUAAAAUUCUUGAACAUCCCUCUAGCAUUCCCUUCAUGCAAGAAGUAGACAAAAAAGAGUUCCCAGACUACCACUUGCUGGUGGCGCGCCCUAUGACUCUCCAGAAUGUCCGCUAUAAGUUGGUUCAAAUGAAGUACCAGAACAUGGACCAGUUUGUGCAUGACAUGCGCAGAAUAUUCUUCAACUGCAAACUCUAUAACCAGCCUGAGUGUCUGGUCAUGGUUCAAUGUCAAGAAAUAGAGCACCUGUUUGAGGCGCUGCUGGCACGGAUGUUUCCAGACAUGCAGUUCACAGAUAUCCAUGGAGACCCCAAAGAGAUGGACAUUUUGAAUGAGAGGCAGUAUUCACUAGAGGGUGUUGAAGCUGAGUGUGAAGAAGAGCCAAUCAGACUUAGUGGAGAGGUCAAGCGGUUAUUCUUUUAAUGCACCUGCAAAGAAGCACCGUGGAAAGUGGACAGAUAAACCCUAAAAACAAAGUCAGGCCUUAAAAGUGAUAAUUUCCAGUUGCUAACAUGAGCUUUAGAUUUGGGAGCACAAAUGCAGAAAUUAAUGACUCCAGUCACAAAUUAAGUAUCCCAUCAUAAAAUUAGUUGCCACAAGGACAGCAUUUAAUUACACAAACAAUGUGACCAGCUUCCAUCCAGGUCUCUGACUGUAUACGUAGGACCCCCAACAGGUUCAUAUUUAUCAACCAUUAUGCGUAUUAAUAUGUCAGCAAUAUACGUGAUCCCAGCAAUACCCGGCUCAUACGGAACAUACUGAAUGAGUAGAUAAGCGGAUAAACAAUUUGUGUGGCAACUAAUUUUUCAUUGGGGUACUUAAUUCCUGACUAGAAUCGUUCAUUUGGGCAUUUGUGCUCACAAACCUGAGGCUCAAGUAAGCAAAUAGUCACCUAUUCUAUUUGUAAGGCCUGUUAGUGGAGAGGUCAAGAGGGCAAUGGAUCGGUUUCUAAAGUGCUAUAUUAUGAAGCAAAACAUAAAACCUUGCUAGAUAUUUGUCACUUAAGGGAGAAUGAUUCAUAGUCUGAACACGUUUUUUUUUUUUCAAAACAGUGACAGACAGAUUGAUUUUGUGGAGAACCAUUAAAUAUCAACUAAAACAAGUGUUUUACUUGGACAGUUGUCUAACGAGAAGUUGAAAAGAAAAAGAUGUUUUAUUGGUGAAUGAAACGCCAUUUUUCAGUUUUAGAGAAAUUAUUCCACCCAUUCAAGCAGUAGUUUAUUUUUCUUCUUCUUCUCAUGUUCUUGCCUUCAUCAUCUGUAUGGACACGUGGAAUUAUUCACAUGUCUGUUGGCAUACCUGGAAAUGCCAUUUACAAUAUUUUGAUCUGUUUACCAUUUCAAGCAAGUUUUAGGAUAAACACAUAAGAAAGUUAAUUUGGCACCUCGCUUAUUUCAUCCCGAUUUCCCAGGUAAGGGAUGAAGUUCUUUCCUGUUGUUUCCAAUUUUAUUCCUUUUAAAAAUAUUUUUAUUUUAGAAUUUGGCAUUCUUUUUAGUGCAGACUUCUUUAAAAUAUGUCAGACACCAGAAUUUGAAUCCAUUAUAUUUCCAAAUCUGUUUGCAAACAAAUAAUAUUUUGAUUAAAACUUUUAUUUUUUAUUAUUAAUAAAUUUGUCUUAUUUUUCCUCCGAGUCAGUAUAUAUUCCUGGGCUAAUAAUCCUUGUUAACAUUAUAGCAUCUAUGAAUCUUAAGCAAAGUCCACACAUAUGUGCAUUUUGUAUCUACAAUAUGACUGCAGAUUAAAAUGCUCAGGAACAAAUCAACAUAAAAACACAACCAAAUCCAUAUUUAUCCUUACAAUGUAUCAUUUUAUUUCAUGUUGGUCUUUCACAAAUCAUUAGAAUAUAUUUAUGCUGCAUCUUAAUAGUAUGAAAACAUUGUUCUUAAUAUUGAAAACAAAUUAAAAAUAAUAUUUGAGGAUAUUUGGGUCAUAUCUUUUAUUCACCUUCCAGUAAAUUUAUUUCUAUAUGAAUCAAUAUAUACGUUCCAAUUGCAUGGUGGUAAAAAAAUGAUAACAAGAGAAAUAAUUUCUUCCUCUUCAAAAUUAGACCUUUUUAACUUGAAUCUGACCAUUCUUUUUGCAGCAUAACAGAAUGCUGACUGCAUUAUGUGCGUUUUAAAUAUUACAAACCCCUGCACAUUUCUGUUUUAUACCCUUUUUCUGCUAGUAUACAUCACUACAAGUAAAGCACUAGAACUGUUAUCAUGCUCUAUGCUUCUCAAAUACUCGCACUUUUUAUAUUCCACCUCCAGAAAUAC